AAUAAUAUUUUAAUAUUUUUAUCUCGGUAUGUCACGUUAUAAUUAAAGAUAUAUUCUGUUUGAUAACAAUGCAUUCAUUCAAUGAUUAUGAGUACUUUAUGUAGAUUUAAUAAGGAACCAUUAUUUGCUAUCUAGAAUGUAUGUAUAUUAUAAAGUACAUUAUUUUUAUCGUUUGAUAGAUCUUUGUUUAAGCUAGAUGGUUCAUUUGUCUUCCAUACGCCUUACCAUCAUCAUGAAGAAAAUAUAUUUAGCUGUUUUUGCUAGUAAUGUAGGUAUGAUUUCAUAUGGUUUAUUCUUUGGCUGGCCAUCGCCUUCAUUGUCUCUUUUAAUGCAAAAUAAUAGUCCUAUAUCUUUAACAUCACAACAAGCUACAUGGGUUACAUCCAUUUUUACCAUGGGUGCAGCUGUGGGUGCAAUGUAUUGUACUUAUAUUAUAAAUAUAAUUGGUAGGAAAUUGACUCUACUUUUCACUGCGAUACCAAUGAUAAUAGGAUGGAUGAUGAUUGCUUUUGCAACAUCAGCAUGGGAAUUGAUUGUUGGUAGAUUCUUUUGCGGAAUAAGUAACGGAAUUGGGCAUAUGUCUGCCACUAUGUACGUAGGUGAAAUUUCGCCAGCUAAAAUAAGAGGAAUAUUAACUUCAUCAUUGACUGUAGCUGCAAAAUUUGGUAUACUGAUUGAAUGGCUGAUAGGACCGUUUCUUUCUUUGAGAGAUCUCGCACUUGUAUCAUCAUCAAUACCAAUUCUCUUCUCGAUGAUUUUGAUAUCAUUACCGGAAUCUCCGUAUCAUUUAAUGCGCCAUGGGAAAUAUCAGGAAGGGAUUACAUCUCUUAUGCAUUUAAGAGGAACUACAGAUGUUUCUAAAGAAGCUGAGAUCAUCGAGAAAUAUAUAAAAAUUGAUUUGGCUAAUAAUACUGGAUUGUGGGAAUUAAUCAGCAUUUCAGGAAAUCGGAAAGCGUUAAUAGUUGUAUUAGGUUUAAUUGCGAUUCAACAAUGGAGUGGCAGUAUGGCGAUACUUUCAUAUGCCGAAAUAAUUUUCAAUGAGACGAAAAACGAAUUUGAAGGCAAAUACCUGACUAUGAUAUUGGGUGGUAUCCAAAUAAUAUGUGCGGCUAUUAGUACAUCUGUGGUGGAUCGGUACAAUAGAAGGACUUUACUCAUAUUUUCAGCAUCGGGCGUUUUCAUUUCCACUUUCCUUAUUGGUUUAUCUUUUUUCCUUCGGGAAAUGCAAUUAGACAUCAAUGGGAUCGUUUGGUUACCAGCUACUGGAACGAUACUUUACAUUAUCAUGUAUGCCUUCGGCUUGGCUGCACUUCCAUUUACCAUGAUGAGUGAAGUUUUUCCUACGAAUGUUAAAGCACUUGGCAGUACAAUUGGAAUGUUAUGCUGUUAUUUUUGUUCUACUAUCGUGACUUUCUCUUAUCAACCUAUUGCUAUUCAGUAUGGGACAUAUAUUGCGUUUUGGUUCUUUUCUUUCACCACUAUCGUGGGUAUCAUUUUUAUAUAUUACUGCGUACCCGAAACGAGAAGAAAAACAUUGCAAGAGAUACAGGAUCAAUUAUAUUCAUCUUGGACGUCACAUUUGCUAGAAAUUUUAGAGAAGCCAAGUUCGUUACAGAACGUGGCAAUCGUCAAUAUGUCAAAUAUAAAACUUUACUUGGUUACUUUUGUUGUAUGUUUAGCUCAACUCAACGGUGGUCUAUUUUUGGGAUGGACGUCCCCAAUGUUAAUCAAUGGUCUUCCUUUCGAAAUCACUACGAGCGAGGCUUCCUGGUUAAUGUCAAUGUUCAAAUUAGGAAUGUCACUCGGAUGUUUCGUUUCGAUAUUCAUCGCUGACUUUAUAGGCAGAAAAAUUUCAAUAUUAUUAGCCAUCAUUCCUACAUGUUUAAGUUGGUUACUAAUAGUAUGGAAUUCAACAACAACGAAUCUGUAUAUCGCACGUUUCAUAGGUGGUAUAGCCAACGGUAUAAUUUUCACAAGUGGUUCUAUGUUCGUGACAGAGAUCUCUCCUACGUAUAUUCGCGGUGCCUUGUGCAGUUGCUUCAUAUUAAUGGAUUAUUGCGGUAACCUUUUGGGCUAUGUAAUCGGCUCGUUUGGCACUGUGCAACAAUAUUCUUAUGUGGCGUUGUCGUUGGCAAUGUUGCAAUUUAUAAUAUUUAUCUGGUUUCCGGAAACGCCUUAUUAUUUGUUGCGCCAAAAAAAAUUCGAGGCCGCUAUGGAUUCUUUGAUAUUUUUACGUGAUUCGGCUGAUAUUAGCGAGGAAAUGGAUUCGAUCAUGGUAUGGGAUGCUGAUAAUAAAGGAACUUUAUCUUCCAUUUUCAAUCUCAUAUCUCAAUCAGGUGGCAAAAAGAUAAUCUUUAUCAGUAUUGGUGUAAUGAUGCUGCAAGCAUUCUCAGGCUCGAUCAUUCUUAUUGGCUAUCAAACGAUCUUCGAGAAUUAUAACGGUGAAUUGCAAAAAGGUUAUACCAACAUCGUUUUAAUAACGGUACAUCUGAUCUCAUCUUUAAUGUGUAUCAGUUUAGUGGAUCGUUUAGGAAGAAGACCUUUGAUGAUUAUAUCCACAGUAGGCGUUUCCAGUUUCAGUUUUCUAUUGGGUAUUUACUUUUACGUGCAGAAAAAUUCUAUAUAUAUUAUGGAUCUACAAAUAUUACCUUUGAUAGCGACAUUAUUUUACGUUGUGAGCAUCUCGUUGGGAUUGGCCAUUCUGCCUUAUGUUAUUAUAAACGAAAUAUUUCCGAUAUACGCGAAAGUAACGUGUAUCAGCUUUUGUUUCUACGUAAACUUCAUGUGGUCGUUCAUUAUGUUGCGCAUCUGGAAUGUCGUCGUAUUAGAAUAUAAUGCAUAUUCUAUUGCAUUUUUGUGCAUCUCUGCGCUAAACGUGUUUAGUAUUUUUUACCUAGUGUUUUAUUUACCAGAGACGAAAAAAAAAUCGUUUUUGCAAAUUAGAAAGAAUUUCAUCGAAGAGUGAAGGAGUGAUUAACGAAGAAUAUAUCAAAUUAAGUAUUUUGUAGAUUUAUAAUUUGUUGUUAUAAGUUGUUGUAAGCUGUAGAAAAUAAGAGUACCACUGAUUUAAAAAUCA